UACACACACGCACACACUCUUUCUCUCUCAUUCCCUCUCUCUCUCUCUCAUUUAUAAGUACUUACACACACACACUUUCUCUCUCUUCCUCUCUUUCUCUCACACACGCACACACUCUUUAUUUCUCUCUCUCUCUUUCUCUCAAGAAGCAAUGCAGUAACAGUAAGCGCUGAAGCGCUGCAGCAGGGAAACCUACUGCCUCGAUAUUCCAGACCCUUCCUACCAUGCAUCAGGAAACACACUUUAUCUACACUUUUUGCUCUACAGGAUUUGACUACAGGCUCAACGGUAACGAAGAACAGUACUGCAGGCCAGCAGGUCCAUAGGAAAACCUGUAAAAUUACAACAAGAUAAGUAAUCAGGAUGGUAGCAGCGGACCAGACCGAUGUGGACAGACCAAAGCGAUGGAGGAGACCACUCCAGACCCCGCUUUUGUGGACGUGGACCAGGGUCUGACUCUGGCAGGCAUCGCUUUCCUCUGCCUGCUGCUGGUUGCAAUGAUCAUACGCUGUGCCAAAGUCAUUAUGGACCCAUACAGCGCCAUACCCACGUCCACUUGGGAGGAGCAACACUUGGAUGAUUCGCAGAUCUGAGUCGGCAGAAAAAGACAAAUAUGCUUGCACACUAGCCGAAACAUUGAGUUAAAUCAGGCCAUGAAAUUUGUGGAAACCCAAACUCAUGUUCCAACAGCACGUGGGAUCUCCAAAUUGGUCAUCUUCUUAUAUAUGUCAAUGCACAUUCACAUACAUGAAGAAUCAGAAAGUUUCCAUGGAUCUGAAUGCAUCUUUACACCAAUAAAUGUUGAUACCCAUGUUCUCUCUACUGCAUACUAUAUCUAUCUGUACUGUCCUGCAGAGCAAAGUAACAAAAAACUAAAGCACACAAAGUCAUCAUGUCAGUCAAACCUCAGCUCAGACCAAACCUAAUGCAUCCGAUAAAACAUGGAAAGCAAUGCACCUUGUUUGCAAUUUGUAAUUAGAAAUGCAAGUUCACAAAUCUAUUUUUUUUAAAUAGUAAUGAUUUAAUUAAAAUCAGGCAUGUGAAUGCAAACACAAGUUUUAGUCAAUUUUGUGUGCUGAAUUUGAAACGCAUUUGAUCACAAUUUAUAACAAAAGUAUGUGUGUCAUUCCCGUAACAGCUAUAGUUGGCAUAAACUUUGUCUUUAAUAUUCAUUUCAUUUUCAGGACAGCUGCUGCUAGGCUGUUAACCCUGGAGAACCCAUGGGUCAAAUUUGGCCAAUGUUAAUUAAUGCUAAGAGAAGGGUUCUUGGGUUCUCCAGGGUUAAAGAAACAGUUUGGAGAGAAUCUUACAGGGUUAGUUAAGGCUAGUUAAACUGCCUUUAAAGCUUAAGAAACACUGCGUGUUCGGUAUGCCCAGCAGAGGCCAAACAAUUACAUUUAAAUGCUUGUGUAAGGUAUGUUUGCAAGAAAAUGAACACUGUACUCUGGUUUAAAUGACAUUUUAGAGAAACAUCAAUGCCAUUAAUGUUGCAACUUCCUUUAACUUUUUCAUUUUGACCAAAGCAUCUAAAUUUAUCGGUUCUUGCAAUCUAUGUCAUUAUGGUUUGAUUUUGUUGUCUUUGUUUAAAGGUGCAAAAGAGGAUGUUUGUUUUAUACAUUUUUGCAAUAUUACUUGAAACUGUCUUUACUACAUGAUAAAAGACUAUUUAUUAGGUGCACUGAAAGUAAUAAUAUUAAUAUAUGUCAUCUGUGCACAAGAUAGGGCCUUAAAAACAUCAGCCAAUUGCUCAUGCGGUCAUCGCAUCAGCGAUUGGCCCUCUGGCUUGUCAAUCACUGCCAUUACGAUCCUUGUGAGGGACGUGCGCGCUCCAGUAACUUUACACAGGUGACGCAUGCGCAUAGCGCAUGUAACUCCGUCUUAAGUUUCGGUUUGUUUUCAUUGUCGAUCCUGCUUUCCUCCUCGAAUUUGCACAAUGGAAGAGAAAAAACCUGAAGGAGGACGCAAAAGAAAGACUUUUUUAUAGCCGCUGGGAAUAGGAGAAAAUUGUCAGAAGAACGUAAUGUAAACAGAGUCGUUAUUGGAGAAACAUUUCAACGCUGGAGAGCAAUGAAGGAGAUGCGCAGUUCGCAAAAAUUCUUCUCAACAGGUAACAGUGAUUAUUCUUUCUUUGUGGAAUAAUUAUUGUUGUACUGUUAUUCAGGUAUAUUGACGUUGUUCUUGUACUGUAGUUGUAAGGCAGUGACCAGUCUGCUACAUGCUAGUUGAAAUGGGAGUACCGUCGACUGAUCUAAUGUUACGUCUUAUGUGUUUAUUAUCAUAUCAUUUCACAUAAUGAAUCCACUGACGCGACACAGCAUAUGCCGGUGGUAAACAAACACUCAAAUAUUUGUGCACGAGUUUUGGAAGGCGUUCCCUAGAAAUGAGCUGUGAAGGAGGGAGGCUGUUCUUACGCAUGCGCUCAUUUAAAAAACUCAGUAACCGUUUUGGGAUUCUCAGUCUGCGAAAAACAUCCUCUUUUGCGCCUUUAAAUGUACAUAUUUCAGAGAGCUCUCUUCUACAAUGCAUGGUAAUAAGUGCCUGAGCUGAAAUAAUAAAUAAAGUUAUGAAUGAAUUUCUCUUUGAUGGCUGUACUGUUCUAGCGCAAAGUGAAUGGACCCAACAAAAAGCCAGUAUUUAUGUCUGAUUAGAAAUGUUGCUAAUAAAUUCACAUCUUAAUCCUGAACAUUUUCAUGUCUGAAACAUUGAAUUUCAUGGGGUGUUCACACUUGGGGUAUA